AUGCAACGGCUCUUUGCGACAUCUAGUAGAUCACUCCUUCGCACUCGCUGUCGGGCUGCGACGAGCGGUGCGACGAAAUGGAUUUCGACGUCCGUUCCAGCGCUGGCAAACCCAGCCCCUCACGCCGUCAAAACCGUCUUUGACGUACACUCUGUGGAGGAUUUGCAGACCAUGAGCGCGCAAGAGGUCCUCAAGGAGACAGAAAGCCCUGGGCGAGCUGCUGCAAGCAUGCGACAUUUUACAAUCAAUUUUGGACCCCAACAUCCAGCUGCACACGGUGUCUUGCGACUGAUAUUGGAGUUGAAUGGAGAAGAAAUUCUCCGAGCAGAUCCUCAUAUUGGACUCUUGCAUCGUGGAACAGAGAAACUUUGUGAAUACAAGACGUACAUUCAGGCUUUGCCGUAUUUUGACCGACUGGACUAUGUCUCGAUGAUGACCAAUGAGCAAUGCUACUCCCUUGCCGUUGAGAAGUUGCUGAACAUCGAAGUCCCCGAGCGUGCUCAAUGGAUUCGAACACUAUUCGGUGAAAUCACUCGCAUUCUCAACCAUCUCAUGGCCGUCUUGACACACGCAAUGGACGUAGGAGCGCUUACGCCUUUCCUCUGGGGUUUCGAGGAGCGUGAGAAGCUCAUGGAGUUUUACGAGCGUGUCUCUGGUGCACGUUUGCACGCGGCAUAUGUCCGACCAGGAGGCGUGGCAUUCGACCUCCCGCACGGACUCUUGGACGACAUUUUCAAGUGGGCCACCCAGUUCUCAACCCGUGUGGAUGAAAUCGAAGAGGUCAUUACCGGCAAUCGUAUCUGGAAGGGACGAACGAUUGGCGUCGGUCCGGUGACGGCCAAGCAAGCACUGGAUUAUGGCUUUACAGGCGUCAUGUUGCGCGGUAGUGGUGUUCCCUGGGACAUCCGAAAGGCCAUGCCCUAUGACAAGUAUGCCGAAGUCGAAUUUGACAUUCCUGUUGGAAGCAAUGGCGAUUGCUACGACCGUUAUCUCUGCCGUGUUCAGGAGAUGAGAGAAUCUUUGAGGAUUAUUGGCCAGUGCCUCAACAAGAUGCCACCGGGUGUGAUCAAGGUUGACGACCACAAGAUUUCGCCUCCGCCCCGCGCUAUGAUGAAAGAGUCCAUGGAGUCGCUCAUUCACCAUUUCAAGCUCUUCUCCGAGGGUUACCACGUUCCUCCUGGCGAGACGUACAGUGCUAUCGAGGCUCCAAAGGGCGAGAUGGGUGUCUACGUCGUCUCGGACGGUAGCAAUCGACCGUACCGUGUGAGAAUAAGGGCACCAGGCUUUGCUCAUCUGGCUGGGGCAGACUUCAUGAUGCGCCAUCAUUUCGUCGCAGAUGCAGUGACGAUUAUCGGAACCAUGGAUCUCGUGUUUGGAGAGGUUGAUCGAUAUUCGUCCAUUCUCUCCCUCCUGACACAAGGAGAUGCGACAGACGACGCUGACGGUGCUCUGGCUGCGACACAGAAUCGUGACGACAAGGAAGGCCGCUCGUCACCCCUCGCCAUCAUCCACAGCUUUAAUCCGCGUGUCCAAGGCGAAGAAAUUGAAGAAAUCGCCGUUGCGAGUAAUGAAAAUGUCGACAUUGAAAUGCGGGCAGCGUCUGCAUUCUCCACUGCAGUCUCCACCGCCGUCGACCCCUAUAGCCUCAAACGCGGGCUCAAGACAGAUGAGGAACUCCGUAGUCUCAAGAAGGGCAAACAGAAGAAGCAGGGCAAAUACUAUGAAAAGCAGAAUACACUCAUCGAGGACUUGCUACGUCCGCUGGACCAGCAUGUCGAAGAUGCAAGGGCCGAAAGAAACGCAAACAGAUUACCGGUCAAGAUUGCCAUUUACGUCUCCCUCGCUGCCAAUAUUGCUUUGAGUGCGCUCCAACUCUUCGCCGCCAUCAAAUCCCUCUCGCUCUCCCUACUCGCGACCGCAAUCGACUCUGUAUUUGAUCCAGCCGGGAACCUCUUGCUCUGGCACCUCCACCACAAGUCUCGCAAACUCGACGUCAACAAAUGGCCCGUCGGAGGUGAACGUCUUACGACCAUCGGUAACAUUUGCUACGGUUCCGUCAUGGCGGCUAUCAAUCUCGUCGUCUGCGUCGAAUCAAUCCGCACAAUCAUCGAACACAAAAAGGGCGAUCCGGAAACGAACAAGAUUUUCGUACCAGCCUUGGUCGCCGUUGCCUCUGCCCUCGGUGUCAAGCUCUUCCUCGCCAUUCUCUGUUACGCAUACAAAAAGCACGAUACUCAAGUCGAGAUGCUCUACCAAGAUCACCGCAACGAUCUGUGGAUCAACAGCUUUGGUAUCUUGAUGUCUGCUGGUGGCAGUAAACUCAAGUGGUUCAUUGAUCCAAUGGGUGGUUUCAUCAUUGCAUUUGGCGUCAUUAUUGCGUGGUGCAGGACUAUCUACCACGAAUUCGAGUUCCUUGCCGGAAAGUCGGCUGAGAAAGAGUUUUUGCAACUCAUCGUCUACAAGACGGUCACAUUCUCCGACGAGAUUGAAAAGGUCGACACCGUCCGAGCAUAUCAUACCGGCCCAGAACUCUUUGUCGAGGUUGAUAUCGUCAUGCCAGCUGAUACGCCACUCCUCCGAGCACACGAUCUCAGCCAGCAACUCCAGGAUAAGAUUGAGCUGCUCCCAGGAGUAGCAAGAGCAUUCGUCCACGUUGAUCAUGAGACAACACAUUCCCCAGAGCACGGCAGACCCAAGUCGUGA